UCUGUCUGCAAGGGGUGUUCCACCCCACACUCUGAACAAACUUUCACGCGCUUUGCUAUGAUCAUUCGGAGCGCCAGAGGCAUUUAUGACGGGCUUGUUCGGCAUUGCUUGUCAACAUUUGACUUGAAUUAGUUUGUAUAUCCUGAAAUAUGUGUUGCUGACUCGGCGACGAGAUGCAUGCCACAACGUGCUUCGUUCUUCUUGUCACCUCCUUCUUGUAUGUGGGAUGUGACAACUGGCAGGAAUGGUGGACCUACGACGGCAUUUCGGGUCCGGGUUACUGGGGUCUUAUGAACCCCCAGUGGAAUAUGUGUUCGAAGGGAAGAAGACAGUCUCCCAUCAACGUGGAGCCGGAGAAAUUACUGUUCGACCCUCACUUGCAACGCAUCCACUUGGACAAACACAAAGUAAGCGGCAUGCUGCACAACACGGGACAAUCGCUAGUCUUCAAAGUCGACAAAGACACCAAACAGCACGUGAAUAUAUCGGGAGGACCGCUGGCCUACAGAUACCAGUUCGAAGAGAUUUAUAUACAUUACGGAGUGGAAAAUCAAAAAGGAUCAGAACACCACAUUCACGGAUAUUCGUUUCCGGCGGAGAUCCAACUCUAUGGGUUCAAUAAGCAACUCUAUCACAAUAUGUCCGAAGCACAACACAAGUCUCAGGGCAUUGUGGGCAUAUCGUUAAUGGUGCAGAUCGGCGACAGGUCCAAUCCGGAAUUCAGGAUAAUCACCAACGUUUUCAGCCACGUGAUGUACAAAGGCGCUUCCACACCGAUAAAACAUUUAUCUUUAAAAAAUAUGCUGCCAGACACAGAGCACUUUAUGACAUAUGAAGGCUCGACGACGCAUCCUGGCUGUUGGGAGACUACUGUUUGGAUCAUCCUUAAUAAGCCCAUUUAUAUUACUAGGCAAGAGAUGUACCAAUUAAGGAAGCUGAUGCAGGGUUCGAAAGAAGCGCCCAAAGCCCCUUUGGGCAACAACGCCCGUCCGGUCCAGCCGCUCCAUCAGAGAACCAUCAGAACCAACAUCAACUUCAAGAAUGCCGUGAACGGCAACUGUCCUUCUAUGCACAAGGAGAUGUAUUACAAAGUUAAUAAAUGGACUGACAAUGAUAAGGGGCUACACUCGCCGGCGAACUGGCAUUUGCGACACUGAGCUGCACCACCGACAACUCUUGUAUAUAAUCGACAAACUAAGAGACGCAUUUUGUGAUAACGUAUGCAAUAAUGACCAAGUGGAGGUGCGAAAAAGCGGAGCUUUCCGCACGGGAUGUUAAGUGUGUAGCAGGGCGUGAGCAUUAGGCAUUAUGUGUGACGAUUAUACAAUAACAAACCGUGUCCAGGUAAUGAAUAAGGCAAACAGAUAUUUUAUUAUUUAACAAGAAAAUUAAUUACGCUAAUAAGAGUUAAAUUGUCUGCAGAAGCAAAUACUUAUAUUCAUUUCAAUCUUGUCUGUAUGUCAGCUUGGACGAAAUGAAACUCGAAGUCUGAGAAUAAUCGGGCAUCAGCUGGCACUUAAUUAAAGUAAUGCCCACCUCGGAGCCCUUGAUUCACUGAGACUGUGACAAACUGGCAAACUUCGAGAUAAUCCCGCCAGAAUUUCUUUUCGAAUUAAAAUAGUGAUCCACGUAAAUCUUCAAAUUUAAUUCCAGACUUUUUCGAAAUAUAUUUCAUCCUGCAAUUACGAGUUUUCAUCCAUUCGAAGAUUAAAAGCAAAUCUGUGUCUAAAUACACAUGUGAAACAUUAGAGUAAAUCAGAAACAACUAUAUAACUGGAAUUAUACUGUUAUGCAGGGUAACUUGUACUAAACCUAUUACAAACAUGGUGACCCUUACUAACUUAAAGACAAACAUUCACGAAAACAAAGCAACCGAAACAACCAACCAACAUUUAAUGUUCAACAAUACAUUACUUAUUCAUAAACAGUUUUUAUUUAAAAAUAAACAAAGCGGAUUAAUAUUUCAAUAAUGACUUUUUCAUUUUUAAUUCGAUAACAAUCUUCCUAAUUUUAGUUCUCAGACUUCGAAAGCGUUAAGUUUAGCAAUGAAUUUGUAUGCUUCGUAAGUAGCACAUUAAUGUAUAAUGCCAAAUUGUAAAAUAUAGAUUAAUACAAAAAUAAAAUUUAUUAACAAAC